GAAUUUUAGGUAUAGUUCUUACGAUACGAUGAGCCCAACCUAUUUUUCUGAUUAAGUAGAGAGAGUCUGCCCGCCAAAAAGAGGCAGUGGCUACCAAGCAACAAUCGAUUGGAGUGAAAGAUGAGUAGCAUGAAAUUUUGCCGCCGCUGCAACAACGUUCUGUACCCUACGGAGGAUAAGGAGGAGAAGCUACUUCUCUAUGCUUGCCGCAACUGCAAUCACGAGGAGAUUGCCGAUAGUAACGUUGUGUAUAGAAAUAAGAUACAUCAUUCUGUUCAACGGCGCACUCGAGAGCUGGAAAAUGUAGCUGCAGAUCCAACACUUCCUCGCACCAAGUCUGUUCGCUGCUCUCAAUGCAAUCAUGGAGAAGCUGUCUUUUUCAAGGCACCAGUAAAAGGGGAAGAAGGCAUGGCCCUCAUUUUUGUUUGCUGCAACCCAACUUGUGGCUACCGUUGGAGAGACUAGGACUCUUAAUAGUCAAGGUUCAACAUUGGGGAGUUGAGCAUAUCAAAUUCUUCACUCUUGGAUGGAUGAGAAACUUUAUUUGUAUAUAUAAAACUUGGCUAGUGUGAGGACGUUCAUAAUUAAGUAUUUGUGCUCACUGUUUAAUCUCCCUAAACAAUUAUGUUGACGCAGUUAAUGGUCCAAUCCUUUAGUUUGUGGGUUAUGAAAGAUAUUCGCAUUUCUUAUUUGAGCUCCAAGACAUUUAUGAAAGAGCAAUCCUUAGCAUUUAACGUAA